AUGGCAAUGGUGUUGGAUGCAUUUGCAUCCUACUUGGCAGACUUGCUCACGCAGGUGGAUGCAGAAGAUCUAGGAAUGCUGAUCGGUACUUCUGACGAGAUAGAAAAGAUGGGGGACAAGCUUCAUGACCUCAAGAACUUCCUCACAGAUGCCGAUAGGAGGAACAUCACCGACAAGAGCGUCCAAGAGUGGGUCGGGCAGCUGAAGCGUGCCAUCUAUGAAGCUGCUGACAUCCUCGACCUCUGCCAGCUCAAGGUCGUGGAGAGUGGAACAUCACAUGUAAAUGUAGGGUGUUUCGAUCCCCUUGUCUUCUGCAUGCAGAGUUUUAGAGGGUGUUUCAAUCCCUUGCUCUUAUGCAUGAAAAAUCCCUCCCAUGCUCAUGACAUCGGCACCCGCAUCAAGGCGCUCAACCAGAGGCUUGACACCAUCAAGGAGCAGAGUGUUGCUUUUGGCUUCAUAAAUCUUGGGUCCAAUGAGGGUCAUAGUAGUAAUAUGCACAUCUCUCGUCGUGGUAAUCCUAGCCACGAGAUGUCGGGGCCUGACCGGUUCAGUGUGGUCGGAGAGAAGAUUGAAGAAGACACAAAAUCAAUGGUGGCUCAGAUCAUGCAGGCAGGAAACAAUGUCAACAACAACAUCAUGGUGCUUGCCAUCGUAGGUGUCGGCGGGGUUGGUAAGACCACCCUCGCUCAGAAGGUCUUCAAUCAUAAGGCUAUCCAAGGUGAGUUCAGCAAAAAAAUAUGGUUGAGCAUCGACAAAAAACUUCAGUGA